AUGGCUGUCAACGUCAAGAAGAUCCAAAAGAACCCCCAGUUGUGGCUCGCCGCCGCCUGUGUCUCCGCCUUGAUCGCAGUGGGCUACAAGGUGUACGAUGCUUACGCCACCCAACAACAACUCCAGGCCAGUGAAGGCGACACUGCCACCCCGGGCAAAUUGAAGCGCCAGUACACCAAUAAGCUGAUUGCCCUCACGCUCUCCCAUCUGAUCCUCAACCUGCAGUUGCCGUUGCUGGAGAUCUUGCACAACCUGGAAAAUGUCACCUUCAUCUUGCCGCCGAAUUUGGACGAGGACGACGUCAACUACAACAUCCAGAAGCUGACGGCGACGCUUCCGGAAGAAGUGAGAAACAACUACAAGUUGCUCAAGUGCCAGAACAUCCAGGGGUACUUCACGGUGUUGAAGAAUUUAAAGCCCGACAUGUUGUUGAUGUGUCAGGACGACUUGGGCUUGAGCACCCACAGCAUCCCCAAGGACCUCAACCGGUUCAUCAAGCAGAUUGUGUUUGUCGACCAGAACAAUGACGACAUCUCGACGAAGGUGGCGCCGUUAUUUGUGCAUUAA